AUCCGUCGGUGAUCCGCGAGGAACCGGAAGUGAUUGAUUCGCCGUUUGGAAAUCCUUCACUUGUCUGAUUAUUGCCUAAUUUAUCAAGAGUAAGAAGAGUUACUGGCAGAGGUAAGAACUUUACCGAAAAUAAGCUUUGUUUGAAUGACUAUAGUGAUGAUGAAAGAGCACGUAGAGUGUAUGUAAAGAAAGAAAACAGUCGUUUGAGCUCAUCUUGCUAAGUGUAGCAGGCUGCAGGAGACCGACCUGCUUAGGAGCUGCUCCUCCUCAAAGUGCUCCAGCGUUCAGUAUUAAACUUUAGAGACUGAUCAGAGGACAUUUCGCCUUCAAUCUGGAGCUGUUCAAUCGAUUACUGUACUCUUGUUAACCUUACACCUGUGGAGUUCAUGUAAACAAAGACAGAAACGAAGGCAGAGCAUCAGUGCAUUGUUUAGAUAGAUGUAUUUAUUAUUACUAAAUGCAUCAAGCUAUUCCAUUAAACUAUUCUUAAUCUAAAACUUCACAUACCUACCUUGUUGUUUAGAAUUUUUUGAGAAUCACAUUUUCAGGAUGUCAGACUUGGACUUCAGACAUCGUAUCAGUUUUUCACUGAAAACAGUUUUUUCAGCUGUUGAUGCUGAUAGAAAGAGAGAGUGGGUAAACAAUGUCUGUGUAAUAUUUAAUAGAGUAAAAUAGGUUACAAUUAAAUAUAAACCUCUAGAUCAGGGGUGUCAAACUCAACCUGGGGGCCACACAGGGUCAACAUUUCUCCAAAACUGUUAACCUCCUUUUCAAAAAAUAUGCAAAACAAAAACAGCAAUUAUUAUACAUCAUUUGGAAAUUCAAAAAAAAUAAAAAGAUAAGUUUAAAGGCAAAUUGAGAUAGAAAAAAAUGUUCUCUUUUCAUUCUUUAUUCUAUUUUUAUUUAUUGGUUCAAAAGAUCAGAACAUGAUAUUAAAAAUGGAAAAAUAAUGUUUUUAAAGAGCAAAUGAAUGUUGAAAUCAGAUAUAAAAGGUCAAAAUAUGACUAAAACUGGAAUCUAAAGUAUAAAAAUAAUACAAGACUAAAUACUGGGUUGGACAAAAUCAAAGCAUGAAAUAAAAAAUCCAAUCAUGUUUGACUCGUAAUCUUGAAAUGCAAAAUUGAAAACAUGAAAUAAAAUACCAAAUAUUUUCCCCCACAUUUUUGACUAUUUAUCAAAUCUUCCUUACUCUUUAAUUUUGCGGAUUGUUGUGGUUUAUUAAGGACAUUUUAAAUAAUGGUGCUAAAGUUUACUUUAUUAUACUGAAGGAAAUCUGCAGACUUUAUACUGGUGGGCCAAUAAUAAUUAAAAUAAAAAUAUGAUAUGAUCUUGUGGGCCAGAUAUAAUUGUUCCAUGGGCCAGAUUUGGCCCCUGGGCCUUAAGUUGGACACCUGUGCUCUAGAUUUAUGUCCAACCAUGUGUAAUUAUUGAAAUAGAAAAAACAACAAACCCAUGCCAUGUAUUAUUCCAUUAUCUCAUGCACAUCACAGUUUAAUAAACAUGGUUAUAUACUGAAGAACAUGAUUUAGAUGUGUGUUAAAGAAAAAUACAAUGCUGUUGAUUUCAAAGCAGGACUUUUAGUUUUGUGAGAAACUAUAUUAAACUGCAUUUUUUAAUUGUAUUUUUUUACAUCGUAACAGAAAUUGAAGUAAACACUUGACAGUUUCUGCUAAAGGUUUGAUAUUGAGUCAUCAAGGAUUGGUUAUGACCACAGGCAUCGUUUGAUGAUUAUUUUUGAAUGCCAUAAAUCUGCCCGAUUGAUUAUUUUGCAGACCAAUUCAUUUGUCUAUUUCUAUCGCAAUGCCUUUUAUCAUAGCCAUACUAAUAAUUGAUACAAUAAGUAUGCAGACCUCAUAUACAUAUUCCCGGUAGGUAUUUAUAAACAAGAACAUAUGCUUGUACAAAUGCAUGCGUGAAGGCCUAGAUAUACAUAAACACACAGGUUCUAUUUUCUAAACACACACAUAUGUAAACUGGUUCUCACAUGCAUACACCAUAGACUGUAUCCACAUGUUAUAUUAUAUCCAGGCUUAUGUAUUUUUGUGCAUGUUUAAGCCAUAAUGACCUCUUGAAUCACAGUUUUCCACUUAAUAAAAUCUGGAGGUUUUCUUUCAUCCUUUUGUUGUCUGCUUCAGCACUGUGACCACCAUUUUUUCAAUUUGGUAGCAUUCAUUUGUGUGUACACAAGCUGGAGACUAUACCAGUUUAAUGUGCUGAGUGAUUUGCUUUUCAAAAUUUACUCCUUAAGCAGAGGAACUUUUAAGAAAAACCUUAAAAAUAUAAAUUUUGUAUUUUACUUUUCUUAUUUUGCUCAUAUCUUGUAAAUUCCCUCUUUAUGUUCAGUAUUGAGCAAUUUGAGGCACUUUUAUUUGCUUUAAGUGAGUGUGAGAAUGGUGCUCAGGGAUUUAACUUGCAUUGCCUUGUCUUAUGUAUGUGUCACUGUUAGGUGGUGAUGGGUGACAUCCGACAGUCGUUGCUGCCUCGAGAUGUGCUGAGUGCAGCCAAGGAGCUGCUGUAUCACCUGGACAUCUACAUCUGUAACUUGGUGCAGUCAGGACGGCAGCCUCCUCAGGUUGAUUCCAAAACCCUCGAGUUGGUCGAGGAGUUCAUCCUGCAUGCACCCAAAGACAGAAACGCCCCAGCCAGGGUAAGACUGGAUACUUAUAGACCGUUUAUUGAUGCAUGUGGGUGGACUGCUAAUAAACUGUAUGUACUCUUUCAGAGGAUGAGCGCUCUGCAGGAGCUCCAGCUGCUGGAAAUCAUGUGCAGCUGUUUCCAGGAACAGAGCCGCGAUGCUGUCCGUCAGUUAAUGUUCUCCGCCCUCUUUAGUCUCCAAGGCAACCAGGCGGAUGAAAGUCGCAUGGCAUUGUUGGGCAAGCUGGUUUCCAUGGCAAUUGCUGUGGGCAGGGUGCCUAUCUUAGAGUGUGCCGCUACCUGGUUACAGGUGAGGGUUCACACACAUAAACUGACUGAAAUAUGUAUCAAAUGUUUGCGUGUUUUGGGUUCGUUCAGUUUGAGUCCCACUUUUUGUGUGAUGUUUAUCAGCUAUUAAAGGUCGGGUAGGCAGGAUCUGGAUCUUUCUCAAUUCAUUUGUUUUGGUGGACUAUGAAUGUACUGAAAAUGUGCCUCUGAUUAUGUUUGUAUCUUGCAGAGAACCCACAGAGUGUACUGUGUGCGUCUAGCACAGGUGCUUGUCGAUGAUUAUUGUAGUCUGGUGCCAGGCUCAGUGCCCACCCUGCAGAACAUCCACAGUGCCAGCCCACGCUUCUGCUGCCAGUUCAUCACUGCUGUCACCACCCUUUAUGACCUCACCUCAGGUACCCCAAAAAAUAUUUAAAAAGUGUGUUUGUCAUUAGAGAGAUUUGAAAUCUUUUGAGUACGAUAAAAUGAUGCGAUUAAAAAAAGGGAAUCGUGUCAACAGGCUCUCCUAUUUUUGUAUUUUUAGAGGAGCUCACGCCUCCUUUAGAGCUCCUCCAGAUGAUUGUGUUGUGGAUUCAAGAAGACCCUCGUCUGGUCCUCAUCACCUUCCUGAACACACCCCUUUCUGGCAGCCAGCCAAUCAGCUCACUGGAUGUCACACCAUUAGGCGGGUUAGUGCGCUGGUGUGUCAAAGCACCUCUUGCCUACAGAAGAGGAAAGAAUCAGGCAUUAACCAACGGCACCACUGAGAGUGAGCCUGAGGUGGGGUCUCUUUUCUCCGGUCUCCAUCUGAGUGUCCUACAGGUGAGUGUUUAAGUACAUUCUUAUCUUAUAUCUAUAAGCAGCUUACUUAAAACCUCUGCCAGGAUGAUAAUCAAGUUUUUGUUCGUCUACUGCUACAUUUAGGUCUUCAUGCUUUUGCCAAACAUACUAAAUGAGAAGGGGCUGUUUGGACGCUUGGGGCUGCUCCAGGUGGAGUCCCUGGCUGCUCUGACCUCUGACCUUUCCCGGCUGUUGGACCAGGCUGACAAACACACACAUACCUCAUCCUCAGAUUCGCAUGCACUGUCUCAGCUGACCCUGGACCGGCUGGCUCAAGCCCUGCAGGUUGCAAUGGCCAAUGGAGCUCUGCUUUGCUCAAGGGGUAAGAAGGUGGACAGUAACGUUACUUAUGGAAAAUUCUGCCCCAUACAGUCCUUGGUGUUUAUGUAUUUUUACUAAUGAUGAAAACUGAUAAUAGGGUCAGCAUUAGAUCAAAAUCAGAAGGUUUUAUAUCCUCCAUAUUUACAACAAACACUUAUCUUUAAUGAUGUACUCUGGUGAUGUAUGAAUGAUUAUUUCAUCCACCUUGUCUCCAUUACAGAGGACCUACGAGCAAUCUGUUCCCGACUCCCACACAAUAAGUAAGAAGUUUUGACUACAAACUUACCUAAUGAGGAUUUACAAAGGGUUAUUUGGUUGUAGCUCAAGAUACUGUACGUAUAACAAAAGCAUGAUUUGAUCUCCAAAGCAAACUUUUUUUUUUUUUUUUUGGUUAUGCACAGUAGAAUGAAAAUAAAACCAAUUCAGUUUAACAAAACCAAGGAGGGCCACAGCAAACACAAAUUUUAGUCCUGCAGCUUAAGUUCAGAGAUGCAUUUCGAGACACAAAAAAAUCAAAUUUUUAGGCCGUACUCUGGGAUUUUGUACAGAUCCUUAAAUUGUAUCCAGAAUAAGAUGACAACACAAUUUGGUCACUGCACAAACUACACAUUUGCACAGUUAUAGAUUAUAGAAAGCCUAUCACAUUGAUCACGUUAUCUACAUACAACAAAUCCUGGACUUUUUAUUCAUGGUGUGUAAUGUAAUUGUAAUGCCACAAUGUUAAAGCCACUGUGAGAGAGUUUCACAACCUUCACUGAAAGAACAAUCACUAAUUUCUGCAAGCUUUUUAAUCAGAUUUGUUCUACGAUGUAUGAUUUAUCAAAAUAAUUUAGCUGUAUAUUAAUUUUUUGACUCUCUUUUCUCCUUUUUGUGUCGUGUUUGUGUCUCCAGUUUGCUCCAGCUGGUUUUGUCUGGCCCGGUGAUGUACUACAACAACAUCCACACUCCUCCUCUGGCCUUCAGCCCGCACGCUGCCCACUCCCCCAUCGCCUCACAUCCCACACACCCAGCUCACCCUGCCCACCCCACACACCCCACACACCCCACACACACACCUCUUGCACCACAUUCCUCCUCUCACGCGCAGUACCCUGCUCAGCCUUUCCUAACGGGGAUGCCGUUUCCCUUCAGACCCAGCCACUAAAACUUAUCAUGUCCAACCUUUCUGCAGAUGUGGAGCUGUGUGUGUGUACGUCUGUGUGUGUGUAUAGAUAUGUGUGAAUGUUAGUUGUUGUUAUGCUUGAGUUACUGUGUGUGUGUGUGUGUGUGUGUGUGUGUGUGUGUGUGUGUGUGUGUGUGUGUGUGUGUGUGUGUGUGUGUGUGUGUGUGAUGAAUUAUUACGUGAAUAAGUGGAUUAGCUAUAAGUCUGUGAGGCUGUCUGUCCAAUAAAUAUUUUUUUACCUCAC